AUGCCGCCAAAUAAACGUCAACAUUAUACAAGAUUUCCAGUCGGUAAAGAUACGACUGAACUGAAAAAGAAACAAGAAGAGCUCACACAAAAACUAGUGGCUGAAAACAAAAAGCUUAAAGGGAAGCAAGCAAAAUUGAAACGUCUUCAAAGUAAAGUGAGUCAACAAACUAUCAAAUUGUUGCUUUCCAGUACUUGAAGUCUCAUGUGUAGGUUUUGUUUUCAAAGACUAAUAGUAUUGCUUUUGUGUUGCAUAGGUGAGAACUGCAGAUGAAGAUAUUCAAGAGAGAAUAAAAAAGGUAUUUAUUUGCAUUGGAUUAAAUGUGUUACAGACAUGAUCCCGGCAUUAUAAAUCCCACUCAGUGUUUAUAUGAUCCGGUUUCUAUCCCCAAAUGCUGAGAUCCCCACUAGACGGGAUGAGAAAUUCCCAUAUAAACCCUUCAAUCUGCCUAGCUGGGACGAGAAAUCAGAAAUAUAAGGCUAGGCGGGACCUUUCAACCUUUGCCUUCUUAGCAUGCUUGAUAUGAUGUGAAGCAUUUAACUUACUUCAUCUCGGCAAUAUUUUUAGUCGUGUUUACACUAACAGUCUUGGCCUUGCCUUGGCCUACAUUUUGACAGUGUAAACAGAUUUUGACCUAGCCUUGGCCUGACCUAGGCCAGGAAACCUGGGCCUACUACAACCGGUGGCCUAGGCUUGUGGAAAUGUAAAUACUUUCGGCCCUGGCCUGGGCCUUAUUUUCAUGGCAAUGUGUGUGCACAGUGAGGGUGUAACCAACACUUUAUGUAAUAUUGAGGGUAAAAUAUUAACCAGCCUUCCUCUAACCAUCCUACUACACUGUAUUUGUUAAUUAGACAGCAAUCUUUUGGAGAAUCCCCCUUUGCCCACUCUACUGCUGCAUGCUUUAAGGGAGGCGGGUAGUCCAAUAAUGGCUGACUGCUGCAAUUGUUACUGAAUUUAGAUAAACAAGUGGCUACAGUAUCUAAUUAUUCAAAGUAUUUUCCCCAGGCUAGGGGCUGAACAAUAUAUGUUUUCCAAAAUGCCUGUUAUAUUACACAUUUUAGAAAAAGAACUCAGAAAAAGGAUUCUUCACUUUGUCUUUCACUGAAAAACGACUACAGUCUCCUACCGCUCUCAACGAGAAAGGAAAUAUAAAUGGUCCUGAGAGAACGGCCAGAAGAAAGAUAGAAGAAACCAGUGAAGUAGCAAUGAAAAUCCAUGGAGGAACUCCAAGUAAUAUGCAACCUGCUUACUUUGGUCUUUUUGCAACCCUAUCUAAUGGGGCUUCAGCUAGCACACUAACUGAUAUGUUUUACAAAUCACCUACUGUAAUGACAAAAGUUAUUCCUAAUGUGGUAAAUGAAAAGGUCAAGGCUUUUGAAAAUUCUAAAACCAAUUUUGUUAGAAGCGUGAACGUGCUUUACAGGAAUGGCCUUGUAAGCAAGAAGAAAUACAUUAGCAUUAGGUCAGCAUUAAGCAUGAAUAACAAAGAAAAUAGUAAUUCUAAGUCGCACACAGAAUUUAUGUCAAACUGUAAUGUUCCACGCAUAUUUCCGUACACGGAAUUGAUGUAUAAGAUCAAGGGCAUAGAUAUAGGUAAUUUGUAUGACCUCAACGAACAGUUUUGGACCGGUCUAGGCAAUGAUGACCAUAUAGAAGGUAAGUACAGGGAUUUAACCGAGUUGCUUUUAAGGUUGGCCCAGUUUUACUUGAAAGUCAAUGAACACAGACUUGAUAAGCUUAUUUGGUAUAACAAUAAGCAAGCAGGUCACUUCAAUGUUGCCAUUGGGGGUGACGGUGCCCCCUUUGGUAAGGAUGACUCGGCAUUGGCUUGGUUGGUAAGUUUUCUUAAUUGCGGUCAUAGAAUUUCUAGCCACAAUGAGAACUUUCUUCUUCUAGGGGCAAAUUGCUCAGAGGAUUGUGAAGCUAUUAGACGCUAUGUUCUAAAGCUAUCGCAAGACAUCAAAGAAAUUGAAAAGAAAACAUACUCGGUUUCGGUUGAUGGUCAAUUAUGGAAUGUAUCUUUCUCUUUUGACAUGUUUCCAAACGACAUGAAAUACAUAGCUUUUCUUGCUGGAGAACUUUCAUUUUCUGCAACAUAUUUCUCACCUUUCGCAAACGUUAAAAAAGCUGAUAUAUGUGAUACAAAAUCUACUUUCGGGGUUGAGCCUUAUCAUAAGUGGAAGCCUUGGACCUACCAAGCAAGGAUCAAGGUUGCAUCGGCUGUUGCAAAAAAAAAAACAAGAACUUUCACAUUCCUCUCUGAAACCGACCACUUUUAGAAAUAAGGUAACAACAUUCAUUGCCAAGAAUGGGUCUCGGACAGAAUUUCCACCUCUGCUGGGUGAAGCGAUUGACCGAGUAAAGGCUGAACCACUCCACCUUAAGAAUAAUGCAUGGCAACAAUGGCAUGCAUUGAUUCUGAAAUAUGCCAUAGCUAGAACCAAUUUAAGUGGUUGUGAGAAUGUUAGUGAUACCCCUCUUUCAAGCUGCUUUAACAAGUACUAUGAAGCUCUGAAGUGUGUCUUAAAAGCCACAAGACUUGCCAAAAAGGUCAGAAAGUGGUUUUGUGAUGGGCGCCUACACAACAAAGACCUUUCUUACAGAUUUACAGGUAAGGAAUCCAAAAUAAUGAGCAACAACUUCAUGAAACUCAUUAAUUCUCUCAGUUUAAAUGAUGAUCAAUCUACUCAUAUAUUUAAAUUGCACAUAUUUGCAAUUAUUGCUGUUAACCUGAGGGAUGCUCUUUCUCUAUUCAGUAGAAUUAAUAUUAUUGAUGAAGAGGUUAUAUUGCUGAAAAAGGUAUCAGGUAAGUAUUUUAGGGCUUGUGCAUUAUUUGCAUCUGUCACACCAACCACUUGGACCAUCGGUCAUGUUGUUCCAACUCACACACACCAAGCUAAGCAACAACUGGGCUAUGGGCUCGGUAUGAAUAGUAUGGAAGGUCGAGAGGCGAAACAUGUUUCGUUUGCUAAGUUUUCACGUAACACUCACCACUCGACUCGUUGGUUGCAGGUGUUCAGACAUGAAUAUAUCUCCCUUCUUUGGCUAAGAGAGAAUGGCUGUGAUUCAGCCAAAUAUACAACUACUGGGAACAAAUACAUCCCUGCAAGAUGCAUGCUACACUGCUCAGUUUUGUCAUUAGAGAGUUUGGGAACGCGACGGGAAGUGGCGACGGCGACGUCUGUGACCGAGCAGGGGCCCGGGAACGAAUACGUUGCAGAAACGUCGCCGUUGCCCCCAGAAUUCUGUUUGGCUACUGUUCGGUGGUAA